GAUGAGAAGAAGUGUGAUGUUGGGCCUCAUACAGGAGCUGCUGGCUGUGCUCUAUUUGUCUUAAACUAUUACUUUUGUCACCACUGAUCUGGAAAGAUAAGAGGAUUGAGAGAAAUGUGGAAAUAUUGUAGUCACUCCACCGGCCUAUUGCUUAUGUGCAGCACUUGGUGAUGGAGGAGAGGAGACAAUAGGAGAGGAGUUGUACAGAGGGUGUAAUUUGUGUGUGGUAAACCUAAAAAGUUGCUAUUUAUUAAAGACAGAUUAAUAAUUAUCUUCUUAAUUAAUUUGAGAUUAUCCACUUUUAAUAAAGAAAAUUAUCAAAUUUGUGUCAUUGUGUGACACAGGGCCUGCUUGACAUAAGCGGUUAUCCCCGCCCGGGUUCUCAACUGUUGAGAGUUAGAAUAUUAGAAUACACAAGAUGCAAGUUUGAAAUGUGAUUGUGCAGUCACUCAAUUAGCCAUGUCAGCGAACAAUUUUUAGAUUGGUAAAUUAGUCUAGCCAGGUAUCUAAACUUGUAGUAAUCAUGUCCGAAUAGCAACCUUGCACACAGGGCACGUGGCCAGGGGCCUGUACUCCAGGGGGACACCAUUGAUUUUGUUAGUCACUCUCACUCAGAUAUCAUUAGCAUGGCAUAAGUCAGGGCAAAAUGUGUAGAAUUGCAGAAAUGUAGCUUUAAAACAGCAUAUAGCUUACCAUAUUUCUCUCUGGCCCAUGACAAAAUGAGUAGAAUUGCAUGAAAUGUAUUCUAAAAUUGCAAAAUAUUCUCUCCGCCCCAUGGCAAAAUGUGUACAACUGCAGACAACUUGCUUUAAAACUGCAAUAUUUUCCCAACACCCUAUGGCAAAAUGUGUAUAAUUGCAGGAAUUUCACUUUAAAACGUACAUUUUUUGUCUCCAAUGUCAAGAGGGGGGGAACAAAAAAAUAUUGACCGCUUGGCCAAUCAAAUCUCGCUUAGGGCCCCCAAAAGGGGAACCGGCCCUGGUGUGACGACAUAAACCUAUUGUUACGCAAAUGUUUGGAGAGGUUUCACGAGCGCGCCAUGAUACCCGCACACAUUUUGGUGAUGGAACAUUCAACCCUACAUCUCGUGCAAUUUCUCUUGCACAUUUAAUGUGAUGUAGAUUGUAUUGGUGCUGAACGUAUCCAGAUAAUAAAAGGAUAUUUCCAAAUAUUUAAUUGCUUUGGGUGACAGUUGUGCAUAACCUCAACCCGCAAGAAGACUAGCUGACUUUUGGGAAGAGCAGCGGACAUGGAUUCUCAAAAACAGGAGUUUUGGAAGGAGGCUAUUUUGAAAGAAAAAAUUGUCAGACUAAAUUGGUUUCGAGAUAACUGGAUCAAACCUAAACUCGUCAAAAAGGUGGGUGAAAAACGAGGGAUGAAACUGCCACAAAUCAACGAACCUCAACGUGAAGCUAAACCGGUGAAAACGCUGACCAGAGAAGGGGCGCAGGUCAAAAGUAGAGAUGAGAAGGUCAUUAUCGAUGUGAUGCGGCCGGUUUCGGGAGAGACUCGGGAUGUGCUGUAUGAUGGCUUUUCGGAAGAGGAGACUGGACGCUACAAAUACCUCCUCCUCAGGAAGCGAAAGGAUCCUGAGGUCAAGUACCUCUACCCUAUAACCAGCAACUGGCAGUAUGGAUGGGGUCUGGGUGACAUGAACAAGGCCUACGUCCCGAUGUACGCACUCAACGCCAUUGUGAAAGAGAGCUUUUUCCGCAAGAACGGCGUCUUCCCUCACACCGCCACCUCAGACACCGUGGCGUGAUGGUGCCUACCGGAUCGCACAGGACUCAACUGACAAUACAGACCCAACACCUGCACUGGUUUUGUGAAGACGAAAAUCGUUCAUCAUUAAGCUGAUAAAUAGAAUGUGUAAAAUAAAAGCAUGGUUCUGGAAA